AGCAACCCCCCCCCCCCCAUUCUCGCGCUCUCUCCCUCCCUCCGACAACCCUCCCCACACACACACGUAAUUCCGAAAGAGCAGAAGAAAGAGAAGGAGAACAAGAAAAGAGCUAGUAAGCCAGAGCGGGAGCACAGAAAAGAGGCUGAAGAGAAGGAAAGGGAAAGGAUGGACAGCCCCAGAACGCAGCGAUUGCGGAAAUUUUCCAGCGCCAUUGGUUGGGCAGCGUGAAUCUUUCGGUCGGGCGUGAUUUCAGCACCGGGGGGACUGGACAGCACCCCGGGGGGACUUCUGGGCAACCCUCAGCCACAGCGAGAACUCCGCCGGCAGCCUCGACCACAGAAGCCUGAGAAAGCCCUGCUUUGUAUCAGAGAGGCAAGGAUGGUUGCUGUUACUUUGUGAUGAGAUCGGGGAUGAAUUGCUCGCUUUAAAAAUGCUGCUUUGGAUUCUGUUGCUGGAGACGUCUCUUUGUUUUGCCGCUGGAAACGUUACAGGGGACGUUUGCAAAGAGAAGAUCUGUUCCUGCAAUGAGAUAGAAGGGGACCUACACGUAGACUGUGAAAAAAAGGGCUUUACAAGUCUGCAGCGAUUCACCGCCCCGACUUCCCAGUUUUACCAUUUAUUUCUGCACGGCAAUUCCCUCACUCGACUUUUCCCUAAUGAGUUCGCUAACUUUUAUAAUGCGGUUAGUUUGCAUAUGGAAAACAAUGGCUUGCAUGAAAUCGUUCCGGGGGCUUUCCUGGGGCUGCAGCUGGUGAAACGGCUGCACAUCAACAACAACAAGAUCAAGUCUUUUCGAAAGCAGACUUUUUUGGGGCUGGACGAUCUGGAAUACCUCCAGGCUGAUUUCAAUUUAUUACGGGAUAUAGACCCGGGGGCCUUCCAGGACUUGAACAAGCUGGAGGUCCUCAUUUUAAAUGACAAUCUCAUCAGCACCCUACCUGCCAAUGUGUUCCAGUAUGUGCCCAUCACCCACCUCGACCUCCGGGGGAACAGGCUGAAAACGCUGCCCUAUGAGGAGGUCUUGGAGCAAAUCCCUGGCAUUGCUGAGAUCCUGCUAGAGGAUAACCCGUGGGACUGCACCUGUGAUCUACUUUCCCUGAAAGAAUGGCUGGAAAACAUUCCCAAAAAUGCCCUGAUCGGUCGAGUGGUCUGUGAAGCCCCCACCAGACUGCAGGGCAAAGACCUCAAUGAGACCACAGAACAGGACUUGUGUCCUUUGAAAAACCGAGUGGAUUCUAGUCUCCCUGCGCCCCCAGCCCAAGAAGAGACCUUCGCUCCUGGCCCCCUGCCAACUCCUUUCAAGACAAACGGGCAAGAGGACCAUGCCACCCCAGGGUCUGCUCCAAACGGAGGUACAAAGAUCCCAGGCAACUGGCAGAUCAAAAUCAGACCCACGCCAGCGAUAGCGACUGGGAGCGCCAGAAACAAACCCCCAGUCAACGGCUUGCCCUGCCCCGGGGGCUGCAGCUGCGAUCACAUCCCGGGGUCGGGUCUAAAGAUGAACUGCAACAACCGGAACGUGAGCAGUUUGGCUGAUUUGAAGCCCAAGCUCUCCAACGUGCAGGAGCUUUUCCUGAGAGAUAACAAGAUCCACAGCAUCCGGAAGUCGCACUUUGUGGAUUACAAGAACCUCGUUUUGUUGGAUCUGGGCAACAAUAAUAUCGCCACGGUGGAAAAUAACACUUUCAAGAACCUCCUGGACCUCAGGUGGCUGUACAUGGAUAGCAACUAUCUGGACACGCUGUCCCGGGAGAAAUUUUCUGGACUGCAGAACCUAGAGUACCUGAACGUGGAGUACAAUGCAAUCCAGCUUAUUCUCCCCGGCACUUUCAACGCCAUGCCCAAACUGAGGAUCCUCAUCCUCAACAACAACUUGCUGAGGUCCCUGCCCGUGGACGUUUUCGCGGGGGUCUCGCUGUCUAAGCUCAGCCUGCACAACAAUUACUUCAUGUACCUCCCGGUGGCAGGGGUGCUGGAUCAGUUAACCUCCAUCAUCCAGAUAGACCUUCACGGGAACCCCUGGGAGUGCUCCUGUACCAUUGUGCCUUUCAAGCAAUGGGCAGAACGCCUGGGCUCCGAAGUGCUGAUGAGCGACCUCAAGUGCGAGACGCCCGUGAACUUCUUCAGGAAGGAUUUCAUGCUCCUCUCCAAUGACGAGAUCUGCCCCCAGCUGUACGCCAGGAUCUCGCCCACGUUAACUUCGCACAGUAAAAACAGCACUGGGUUGGCGGAGACCGGGACGCAUUCCAACUCUUACCUAGACACCAGCAGGGUGUCCAUCUCCGUGUUGGUCCCGGGACUGCUGCUGGUGUUCGUCACCUCCGCCUUCACAGUUGUGGGCAUGCUCGUGUUUAUCCUGAGGAACCGAAAGCGGUCCAAGAGGAGGGAUGCCAACUCCUCGGCGUCCGAAAUUAAUUCACUACAGACAGUCUGUGACUCUUCCUACUGGCACAAUGGGCCUUACAACACGGACGGGGCCCAUAGAGUGUACGACUGUGGCUCUCACUCGCUCUCAGACUAAGUCGCCAACCCUGAAAGGGGAGGGGAGCCCGGAGGCGACGCGCCCUCCUCCCCUGCCCGCAGCGCCCAGGGGCUUCGGGAGCGCUGACCCAAAUCUAAGCGCGCCCCAAGUCUUGACAGACAUAAGUAAAUAAGUAACUGUGAACUCGCUCAGCCGAGAGGGGCUGACCCCUUCGCGGUCUUCUUAAACAAAGAGCAGACUGUGGCGGCAGGGAGAGCGCAACUUGCUUGCGCAUGGCUCUGAGCUCCUUUGACUGAAAGCCCAGCCCGGGCCAGGCCAGAAGAAUCCACAGUGCUCUGAGCUUGGGCGAAAGGACCUGUGGGCUUGGCCCCCGCGGUUCGAUAGAUAAAUACAUAUAUCCACAUCUAUAUAGAGAGAUAGAUAUCUAUUUUUCCCCUGUGGAGAGCCGGGCGAUGGCUCCCUGUUGGCUACGCAGGGAUGGGCAGUUGCACGAAGGCAUGAAUGUAUUGUAAAUAAGUAACUGACUUCUGACAACAAAACAGAAACACAAAGUGCUGCAUGGCUCGCAUGGAACCCACGCGCUCCAGGGACUCCGUCCGCCCCUCCCCUCCGCGACUGGAGAUGCCUCUCCUCCUCACGCCCUCUUACCUGAUAAGUCCCGUCGUAGAAAACUUUCUAUCAACAAAAUGCAGUAUAAACAGAAAGUGCCAUUUCGCCAUUAUUUGUGAUUGGUAGGCAGUUCAGAUCGUAUGUUUACUGUGAAAACAAAAUGUUAAGGUUUUAUUUAAGACAUUUGCAUGGCUAGUCAUCAGUCCAUUUUAUGAGUUAACAAUGUAUUUUGUUGAGGGAAGUUUUUAGGGGUUGCUUUUGGUUCUUUUAUUUUGAUGGUGAUUUUUUUUUUGAGGGGGAAUAUUUUUCUAUACAUAUCCAAUAAUGCCUUCCAUCUGAAUGUAAAAUAAGUACCCAUGGUUUCUAUUAUAGCACCAGUGUAAUUAUUUAAAAAAAAAAGAUUUUGAGGCAGUUAAGCAUGACCAAUUAAUGUCAUUCUAGUGCUUAGGCUGCGACCUUAUGGUAGAAAUUCUGUGCUGGUAUAAAUCUUACUUAUAAAGUAGGAAAAAAAAAAAGAACCAAGGAAGCAAGCACGUGAAACUUACUAAUUCUAUUCGAGGAUUUUAUAAUGGCAUAUUUUUUCAGUAUUAAAGUGAAAAUGUUUUCAAAUCUGGGUCCUUACAUUUUUCCAGCUUUCUUUUUGCAACUGGUUAAGUGGCUGUGCAAGUGAAAGGGAUGGGAGGGGAGGGGCGCGGGGGGGGGUCUCUCUGACGCUACCUUAACGUUAGCUCUUUCUCUCUAGUCGCCUUAGCCAGCCUUUUACCUUUUUCAAAGCUCCUCUUCCCUCAGCCCCUCUGCCCUGCUUAGACUUCACAGGCUUCCCUAGUGUAAAGUAAGGUCUUCCCCCACCACACUCCCUCCCUUUCUCCCCCUCUCCUGAUGCGGCAGUGAAUCCCUUUUAUUAAUACUGGAAAUACCUCACUGCUGCUUUUGUUGGUGCUGCCCACACUGCAGAUAUAUUAAGGAUGUUAGAAGAGAUUUGAUUUAAUUGACUCUUCCUGGAUCGGUUUCAUUAAACUGUGGAGAUUUCAUUGGUCAGCACUGCCUGAUGAAAGACACCCCUAAUGACAGGCAUUUGAGAUGCUGCUGGCAUUUUGAAUUCAACAUCUGCUGAAAACGGUAAAACUAAUUAGUGCCCACCCACCCUUCCCGCCCCAGCAACUGCAUAUUGAAAUUUGCUGAAGUCCUUAUCUUUACAGAAAUCAAUCAUUACCCUAAAGAAGUGUUUUUCUCCCAUCAUCCGGAUUUCUGGAUGUGUCCCAGCAAUGAACAAGAAAAGCAUUGAAUUAUUUGAGUUUUAUGAACCAGUGUAAUACUGGCCUCAAUCAUAAUCCUCUGAGGUUUUAAGCAAGUCUAUUUUUACCAGCAGUUAGGCUAUGAAAUCACAUGUUUGAAAAGGGUCAUCAUUUCACCACACAUCCCACAUUGAGAAGUAUGUCAAAAGACUGCAGGACGUUCACACACACACACACACACACACACACACACACACACACACACACUUAUGUAUGUUGGGAUUAUAAAUGAGGUAAUAAAAGCCCCUGGAGCAGUCUUAAGUAGAUUUGUCAUCUAGAACUCAUAUUUUAAAAAGAGUAAUUUCCCAGAACAUGGAUAUUCUGGAGUAUGUAUUAUUUAUUUUAGCACUUUUAAAAUAAAAAUCUUUAUUAUAAACCA